AUGAUCACCGCCCAAAGUAGACAGAAAAGUUAUACAGACCUGAAAAAGACGGGAGGUUUAGUUUUCCGUAGGGGACUUAGUGUUCUUGAAGGUAUCAAUUAUGAAGGGGAUUAUGCAUUUUGGAAAAAGGGGAAAGUUAAGCCCAAGUUCAUAGGUCUUUUUGAGAUACUGGACAAAGUUGGUCAGGUAGCUUACCGUUUAGCCCUACCGCCAACAUUAGCAAAAACGCAUAAUGUUUUCCACAUUUCCAUGUUACGUAAGUAUGUACCUGAUCCGACACAUGUGCUUAAGUACUCGAACUUAAACUUGCAGCAAGACAUGAGUUAUAUGGCACGACCUGUGCGCGUGAUAGAAAAGGGAAUAAAAGUCUUACGGAAUAAGACUAUACCCUUAGUUAAGAUCUUGUGGAGUGAUAGUUCUGAUAGAGAAGCGACAUGGGAGUUGGAGACAGACAUGCAGAAACAGUACCCUGAGUUAUUCUCUGGUAGGUAA